AUGGCUGAAAGUGUCAUCAAGACUCUUCUCCAUAGCGAAGCUCUCCAGCAGUACAUCUUGGACACAAAUGUGUACCCGAGGGAGCAUGAACUCCUCAAGCAACUCCGAACAACUACGUUUGAGAAGUAUGGCCACCGAUGUGAACUGAGCGUCCCCGGCGAUGAAGGAAUGUUCUUAUCAAUGCUUCUGAAAAUGAUCAACGCGAAGAAGACGUUGGAGAUCGGUGUUUUCACGGGGUACUCUCUUCUAACCACUGCCCUCGCAUUGCCUAAUGACGGCGAGGUAACAGCCAUAGACUUGGACCGAGAAGCGUAUGAAGUUGGAUUGCCGUUCAUUGAAAAAGCUGGUGUGGCUCACAAGGUCAACUUCAUCCAAUCAGACGCCCUCUCAGUUCUAGACCGGAUGCUAAGCCAAGCAGAGGAGUUCGACUUUGUGUUCGUGGACGCCGACAAGUCUGACUAUCGCGGCUACCACGAGCGCGUGAUGAGGCUCCUCAGAAUCGGGGGCGUUGUUGCGUACGACAACACAUUGUGGUAUGGCUCUGUGGCCAAGGGCCAGGAGGAGCUGCCUGAGUUCCUCAGGAGCCGGGCAAUGGAGGGCGUCGGCAGCUACUUCUACAAAGGCCACACCGCGGUUGUCGAGUUCAAUGAGUUCUUAGCUUCCGACCCGCGAGUCGACAUCUCUCAGGUCCCCAUCGGAGAUGGACUCACCUUGUGUAGGCGCCUGCAGUAGUGGAACUUAAUGCAGUGGAAGCUCCGGUUACCCGUUCUAGAUCCGGGACUUGUUCGAGCUACCAUCGAUGCAUGGACUGAUCUGUUACAGAGUGGACUCAUUGGAUUUUUUGUGAAUUUAUAUCAUGCAAAAUAACUUCGAAUGAGCAGUUCAUCGAACUCGUGGAAGGAAAUUGAAUUUU